UCUCUCUCUCUCUCUCAAAGCUUUCGAGGGUCACAGACACGCUCAGUCGAGGAAAAGCUGCGCGGCCGAACGCAUUUUUUUCGACACUAGGGAGACUUUUUCGCCUCUUUGUUUUUCCUUCGCACAAAUGGAGUUUUAAUUGCCGAACAAUGAUUCCGACAAAGCGAGAACUGACUGUAAUAGUGCUAUUUGGCGUGUGUUUGUUAUCGGAGUGUCUCGCCAGCGAGAGCGUCAGCGUUCCCAAGAUACUGAACGACGCGAGCGAAGAUUUUCCAUACGAGGACAACGCGGGCGCAAAUAAAGCCGAGCACACGAUCGUCAAACGAGUCGUCGAUUACUCGGUGUGGUCGCGAAAGCAGAGCGAACGGUUGGCCAUUCCAAAUUCAAAUGAAUGGGUACCAAGCGCUCAGCGGCCGCGUUACCACCACGAGACCGACAAUGCAAAGUGGCAAUCGUCGCGUGGACACAACAAUUUCAACGUUCAAGGCUUGAGCAACAAGGAGGACGACGAGUGGUACGAGGGCGUCUCGAGCGAAAGCAACAAACCUCGCAAGGAGAAGCUGCCACGGAAGCCAGCGUCCGACUCGACGUACGGAGUCGUGGCGAAAUACGACCCGGCGAUCGGCGCGCAGUGCCCGACGCUGGACGCAACGGGCCUCUUCGUCUACCCACCCGACUGCAAGUUCUACGUGACGUGCUGGAACGGUCGUGCGUUCGUGCAGCCGUGCGCGCCGGGCUUGCUGUUCAGUCCCGACAGCCUCGAGUGCGACUUCCCGAACAAAGUCCGAUGCUACGGCAGCGAGAUCGCCGAUUUCCCGAGCGCGUCGGCGGAGCACAGCGAGGUGGAGACCGCCACGCACUCGAGCCGUGCGUCGAGUUCCGAGGAGCCAUGGCGAUUGUCGUGUCCGCUGAAUUUCAGCGGCCUGACGGCUCUGCCUGGCGAAUGCACCAAGUAUCUGCAGUGCGCCGACGGCCGUGCUCACCUCAUGGAGUGUGGCCCUGGCACGGUGUUCAAUCCAGCCCUGACUACCUGCGAUCAUCCGAGGAACGCGAAGGGAUGCGAAGGAGCGGUUGCCGGAGCAUCGCACGAGGAUCGUUAUUACCAACCGGCCGGGCCACCCACCGAUCGCGACUUCGGGCAAUCGUCCCAAGGCUCGCGUCGCCAGAGAAUCGAGUGCCCGUCCGAUUUCUCGGGUUUGCUCCCACACCCGGGCACUUGCGCCAAGUAUCUGCAGUGCGCCAACGGGAUAACCUACCAAAUGGACUGUGGCGUCGGCACUGUUUUCAAUCCCAUGACAACGCUUUGCGACUGGCCGCACAAUGUACCGUCGUGCCAAGCUGACCACGGACGUAACUCGUACGAGCAGACGGAAUGGAGUUACAGCCAGCCGGCUGGUCGUGGAUCGCCGACGAACAGAGGGGAUCAGUGGCACGACGCCAAGACCGACAGCUAUUACGGCGCUGCGUCCGUUACCGACUACUCGCAGUACGAGGGCUCGACGUACGUUCCUCCGGCGCAACAGCCGUCGGCAAGUGUUUACACUCGGCAGCCCAGUCGCUACUAUCAACAACCAGGUAAACGUCCGUCGACGACGAGCAGCCGAGGUCCGUUGGAGAGUCGACGACCGGAACUCGACGCGAGCCACCCCAUCAACGGUCACGCGCAACCGAUAGCGCAUCGCGACGACGACGGGAGCGACGUCUCGACGAGCUCGAGCGAGGAAAGAUAUCCAGCGUCGAGCCCGGAUCGGGGAUACGCUUGGGCGGUACCGGCAACCACGAGACGACCGGGCAGAACCGGUUACGGGCGCGCCAACGAUCACGACAAAUGGAGCCAACCGGAUACCGAACAGAGCGGCUUCCGACCGAGUGGUUGGCGUGGCAUGGGACCCGGAUACGAGCGACCUGCUGUGCCUGACAGGCGACCACAUGUCCAAGGUCCGAAUACCGUGACGAUGAAUAUGAAGCCGUUCGCAAGACCGGUGAAUCCUAAUAUUCAGUAUUCCAACGAAAAUUCUCGAUCGACUGAUUCAGGUGCAGUACCGCCGCCAAUUUAUUUACAACCACCCAAGGUACCAAGCGUGAUAAACUUCAACAAUACCCCUGGCCACUACAUCACGAAAAAUGUGGAAAUAAAUCAAGGCCAUUCGAACAUGCGGAAGCAAAGUACGGCUGUGAAUUCGCUAAACAGUAAUUCAGAUAAUUCUCGAAUACCAAAAAUAAAAGACUUGGCGUCAAGCCAAUCGCAUCACGUCAUGAGGAUCCCAGUGAGAUUCGAUAAGACAACUACCACAACAACUGCUACUACGACAACGCAUAAACCAGAUGUGAUUGUUCCCGAUAAACUAAACAUUGCAAUGACUAGUACGAUCCAAGUUGGUGAGCCAAAGCUCGACGUUCGCAACAAAGAAUUCCAAUACUCCCGUGCACCCAUGGACACGAACUUGCCGACAGUGUCGAUCGAGCUCGAAGAGGAUUGGAACUCAUCGUUUGCCCAACAGACAGCCGAGUCUACCCGGGAUACGAAUUCAGGAGCUAAAACUUUUUGGCCAUCAACCACGGAAGAAGAUUCAACGGAAACUGACGGGUUCGAAGUCGAAGUCACGACUUCGGACGAGAAUGUGCCUUGGAAGCCGCAACUCGUUUUCAAAAACAAAGCCGAGGCUGAGCAGAGAAAAAACGAGGAAUCAGUGAUUAUGAGAGUUGGAAAACACAAGCCGAGUUAUCACGAUGACGUCGUGGUGGCGCCUUUCUCGAAUGGUAAAUGUGUAAUUUGCGUAGACGAACCGCCAUUUCCCAAUAGCUAUAUCCCACCAAGAUCAUCGUCUCUCAAACUCGAUCCAUUUCAACUCAAUAAGCCAACGCCAUUAUCCGGCCAAGCAUUACGUCUCAGAGGCGGCUCCGAUCCAUCGGAAGGAUACGUGGAAGUCCAAGGCGAACAUCCUGGCUGGGGCAGCGUUUGUGACUUAAGAAACAGAUGGACCGUCGACGAGGCGAGCGUCGUCUGCAAACAACUCGGCUACAACAGAGGUGCAUCGUCCGCGUGGCAGGGACGCCCGAAAACUUCCCAAGUUCCAGCUUGGAUAGCCGCGAGCUCGGUCAACUGCUACGGCAACGAAACGAAAUUCCAAUUUUGCAAAUUCUCUCACAAACCCGAAUGCAACGUCCAGCGGGACGCGGUCGCAGUGCGCUGUCUGCCGCACCGACUGGCUCAUUGUCGUAUCGACGAGGUGGCCCACGAGGGCCAAUGCUACCAUUUCGCCGAGGCGGCAAACGCAUUGACGCGCGACGAGGCUCACAAUUACUGUCAACGAAGGAGCUCGAGGCUCGUCGACAUUUUCGACCAGGCUGAAAACAAUUUCGUCUCCGAGUACCUGAUGCAGAAUCAGCCGCACGUCGACUCGAUUAUGACCUCCGGCUUCGGUUUCAACAUGAUGAAUCGAACGAUUUGGACCUGGGAGGAUCCCUCAGCGGCCAAAUUCAAAUUCACCAAGUGGUGGCCAGGUUGGGAGAGAGACAAAAGCCAAACACCGAGCGCUGGAUCGCGACCAGUUUGCAUAAUCAUGACGAGGAAAUUCCCGUGUCACAGUCGGCCCGACAAUCAUUGCAAAACCGACUACUUCUUUUGGGAUGUGGAAGACUGUGCUGCCUCCAACAAGGGACACGCUUACAUCUGCGAACGGGCGUUCGACGACGUUGGUUGCGUGUACGGCAACGGCAAGGAAUACUACGGCAACGCGAGUCUGAGCGCUUCCGGCCGAGCUUGCCUAUCGUGGUCCGAUCCACAAGUUUCUCGCUCGCUCGUGAGCAAAGUUCCGGACCGGGGGGCUCGCGACAAGCUCAAGUCGCACAAUCACUGUCGCAACCCGAAUCCUCAGAGGGAGUCCAGGCCUUGGUGCUUCACCGGCCCGCGGAGCGAAUACGAGUACUGUGACAUUCCCUACUGCGGCAAAAUAGUGUCAAAGAAAUCACACCUGACUGGCAAUUGCAAGCCGAAACACUUUGAAUGUUUGCCCGGCGAGUGCAUUCCGUCGCCGUGGGUUUGCGACGGUCAAGAAGACUGUACGAACGGCGCCGACGAGCUCAAAUGUGCGUCGCACAUGAGUUUCUUUAAAAAAUAUCCGAGGCGCAGGCUGGACGGAUACGAAGUUGAGAAAUGGCUCAACACGCCAGCGAAAACUUGCGCUUUGCGCUGCAAGGAGGCCGAUUUCACCUGCAGAUCGUUCACUCAUCACACGAAAGACAACACCUGCUACCUGUCGGACAGCAACGUCGGUCUGACGGGUGCCCUAGAGAUAGACACCCAACAUGAUUACUACGAGAUGCGCGCCCACACAAUCGACUGCGAGGACAUGUUUGUCUGCGCGAACAAAAAGUGCGUGAACCGUACGAAAGUUUGCGACGGUAAGAACGAUUGCUUCGACCGCUCGGACGAGAAAGUCUGCACGGUGCAGAAUUUGGAUUACAAUAUUCGUUUGGCGGGAGCCAAUUCGAGUCACGAAGGCCGCGUUGAAGUUAAAAUUCUGGGAAAGUGGGGCCAGGUUUGCGACGACAGUUUCGACAUAAUCGACGCUGAAGUGAUCUGUCGUGAGUUGGGUUUCAAUCUUGGUGCUUUGGAAGUGAGACCAGGUGGAUUUUACGGCAACAUGGAUCCGCCAGAAUCCUUCAUGGUCGAUCAGCUGAAGUGCCGCGGAAACGAGAGCACGAUCAGGGAAUGCGAUUUCGACGGAUGGGGCAAUCACAAUUGCGAACCAGAGGAAGCUGUGGGUGUGGUGUGCAAGACCAACACUGACGUCUGCCAAGAUGGUCACUGGAAGUGCGAUAAUUCGCCCGACUGCAUAAGAACGUCCUUCAUUUGCGACGAGGUGGUGGAUUGCUCCGAUGGCUCUGACGAGAAUUCCGCCCACUGCGACGCGCCAUUCGAGAUUCGUUUAGCUAACGGCAGCAGUCCAAUGGAGGGAAGAGUCGAGAUCCGCCAUCAUGGAAUUUGGGGAACGAUUUGCGACGACGAUUUCUCCGAGGUCAACGCCAAAGUCAUUUGUCGAUCGUUGGGAUACGACGGACAUGCCGUGGUAAAAAAGGAUGGUUACUUUGGCCCUGGCACCGGUCCCAUUUGGCUCGACGAGGUGUUCUGCUACGGCAACGAGACGUCGAUAACCAGAUGCGAGCACGACAAUUGGGGCACGCACAACUGCGGCCACAACGAGGACGCGGGAGUCGUGUGCAGCGCUGGGCCGACGCCGCACGAAUACGAGAGCAGGGGCAUGCACACGGCGACUGCGGCGCAGUCCAAACUCAACGCGAAUGACGUACUGCCCACGGAGUGCGGAAGGAGACUCGAAGAUUUCGACGACGACGACGAGCUGAUUUUCGAAAGAGUCGUGCGCAGCUCGGUUGCACCCCGUGGCUCUUAUCCUUGGCAGGCGAGCAUACGAGUAAGGGGGCACAGCAAGUCGAACCACUGGUGCGGCGCGGUGGUGCUGUCGCCACUUCAUGUCCUUACCGCCGCCCACUGCCUCCAGGGAUACAACAAGGGCACGUAUUUUGUGCGCGCCGGCGAUUACAAUACCGAGAUCGACGAAGGAACGGAGCUCGAAGCGAACAUCGAGGACUACUACAUCCACGAGGACUUCCGAAAGGGACACAAGAUGAACAAUGACAUCGCUCUGGUAUUGCUGAAGAGUCCUGGCAUGUCGCUGGGCCGCAACGUCAUGCCGAUUUGUUUGCCUCACGCGGCCAUCGACUACCCGCCAGGUCUCAAUUGCACGAUCAGCGGCUUCGGCAGCAUCGAGCCUGGCUCGUCCACUCACUCGCGCGACUUGAGGUACGGAUGGGUGCCGAUACUCGACGACUCGACCUGCAGAGCCGAGCGGGUCUACGGCCCGUCGAUCACCAACGGCAUGCUCUGCGCCGGCCACCUGCACGGUGGACCUGACACCUGCGACGGCGAUUCUGGCGGGCCGCUCGCCUGCCUGCACAACGGUGCGUUCACCUUGUACGGCCUGACAAGUUGGGGUCAACAUUGCGGCAGAGCAAACAAGCCCGGAGUGUACGUUCGAAUUGCUUAUUACAGAGACUGGAUUGACCAAAAAAUCAAGCAAUCGUUAGGAGGCGCAUAGAGACAUGGUUCUUUCAGACAUUUGUAAUUCUCAAAAUAGCAAUAGUUAGUCCGCAUAUUAAAUUAUUCGAUAUUAAUAUGCCAAGUUCAAAUGAGAUCUUCAGAUUUAUAGAAGACAAAUUAUAAUUUUUGCGCCGUACAUUAAUUCAUACGUACGUAGAUUAACUGUUGAAAUAAACCGUCGAUGAAGCUAUGUUUUUCUGUAAAAGAACAACUAAUAAUUGUAUAAGAAAUAACAGGAAAGAUUUUUUCCGUGCACCCAAUUCAGGGCGUGAGUAUAAUGUAUUUCUCUCGAGAAUUUUUAUUUCUGUGUUCUAACCAUACAUAUAGCAUAAAAUGCAAAAUUUCCUCGUAUAACCUGGAUUACGAUCAAAAUUUAUAACUUCAAGUAUUUUGAUAAAAUAAAUUUCGUGCGAAGUGUGAAUAAUUUUCUUCCACUUCAAAUUAAUUUUCAGCAAAACUUUUUCUUUUCAAUGUCAAUGUAAAAUGCGGCACCGAUUAUGUACGAAGCAAAAAGAUUACGAUUCUUUGCGGCAGUAUGCGAAUGUAAUGUAUAAACCAAAGUGAACGGAAACAUUAACACAUCAUUUUAGCCACGAAAAUGAGAUUUCUUAACGUGCUCUUCGAUUAAAUUCAUUAUUUGUGUUCCACCCAGACAACAUUUUUCCAAAAACCGAACGAUCGUUAGCGUUGGUGUGUCAUCAACGAAUGGCUCGUUUAAAACUUCCAAACAAAAUGUUCGACAGGUGAAAAUUACUUUACAAUUGUUUACCCACAGUACCCGAUUAUCUAGGUUUAUUUUAAACUCUUUGAAAAUUUUAUACGCUAGCGUAGAUUGAUAUUUGCGUCUUCUGAAUUCAAAAGGAAAAUCGCGAAGUUCGCAACGUACUUGCCUCAUUGAUGUACGUAAAUGUUUCGAGAGAAUAAGUAAUAUGCGAUAAUGCACUAUCUAAGCUAUGGAAAUAAAAAAGAAAAAGAGCCUAUCAAGACAUAGACAGAUCCGUAGUUUUAACCUCUGUUUAGAAUUGGAAUAUUUUUCUCGUCAAACGCGUGAAGAUUGAGAAUAAGAGUCAUGGAUUUGUUGGUACCCGUAGACAGUCUUUUUACAGGAGAUAGAAAUCUUUUUCCAGUCAAAAUAAGUGUCGACUGUAGUAAUAACUUGAAAAUUUAAUAAAGAAGUUUUUUACAGAU